AUGUCGUCUUAUUCCGAUGCCAAUCAUCAUCAAUCAAUAAUUGCUCAAAAUGAAAUCCGAAUGAUUUUUGUUCAAACAUUGAAUCCUAAACCACAAGAUUUUCUUGUGAAUCAAAACCGGCGAAGAGUAAUUUGUUUGAUUUGGAUUCUAUUGAUUAUUUAUUUCAAAAUCUUCAUUGAAUCGUGGAAAAUGAUCAAUGAUGUUUCUUCGAAAGAUGAAUAUUUGCAUCAACAAUGGCUUUUUGAACAAGAGAAAAUUGUUAAUCAAAAGAGAGAUUUACAAGAAUUUUUAAAUGAUUUACAAUCGUCUUCAAGUCAAAGUGAAAAACCGUGUAAAAAUUGUUUUAAGACGAUUUUAAGAUGGUAUUCCAAAGAAAUCUUAAACAUCUAUGAAAAAAAUCGACAUGUUAAAGAAGAAUAUAAUCAAAUCGUACUUCCAUUACAAUAUCUUUCAUCUUUUGUUUGUUUGAUAAACAACUUCUUAAUUCUCAUUAUCUUUAAAAAAUCUCACAGAUUUUAUCUUCUUUCGAAUAUUCUUCUCAUUAUUUGUCUUUGUAUUUAUGCGGAAUUCUUUCUUCCAAAUGAACCGAGUGUCUCCUAUACUUUAUUCAUCACUUGGUCAAUUAUUAUCUUUACAAUUUAUCUCUUAAUGAAAGUCUUUUCAACAUUAUUCAUCAUCGAACAUUAUCAAUUAAUAGAUUUUCUUCAAAAUAAGGAACAAUGA